CAACACUACAGUUAGCCAUCGGAUUGCAAAAUAAAAAAUAGUUCGCAAAACUUUGCUCCGUUUUUAAAUCGCAAUCGUCAUUGGUAGAAGCGUAAAAUAGUAACAUUCAUUUCCAGUGUAACAAGUCAGUCGUGUAAGUAUGGAUUGAGCAGUUUCAGUGAUUUCACUAAACAAUCCAAUAGAAAGUGACGAAAAACGCUCCAUAACUCAACAAAGAAAGAUAUCAGCAGAAAAAAAGCAGGAAGCUGCCCCUUUACUGAAGGAGGUAAUCCGCCCCUCCGCAAAUUAUGUGUAAUAUGUAGAGGAUUUUCAAGGCCACUCGUUUCUUGAGUGACGGACAAACGACGUAUUCCCAGCGGCUGUACUAAUUAAACAAUGGUGGGUAUGAGUAAUUUUACAAUCGAUCCUGCCCUACUGGGCGGAGGAAGCAGCAGUCGAAGGUUCGAAUUAGAACGCAAAGCACUGGCCGAGGAGCUCCUGACGGUGGUGAAAGAAUGUCAGAAAAAGUAUGGAAGCAAAACAGAGCUUGCGACGGAAAGUGAUUCAAGAAUUGUUUUGCUUUGCGAUACAUGGGAACGAGCGUUGUCACAUGGAUUAAAAUCUAACAGUUCGGUUCUCAAAAACAUGACCGACUUAGUGGCGAGCGGUAGUCUGGAAAUACCUACUUUUUGGGAUUUUGCUUUCAAACACUUGACCAAUCACGAGAAGGAGCGCUUUUCCACGUUACGGCACGUUUGGACGAACGGUGGAAAAGCUAAGGCAUUGCUACGGGCAAUUCUGAAUGAGCGGGCUAUGGAACGAUACAUAUUGAUGUGGUUGGGGGACGAAACGAUUCUUCAGGAAAGCUACGAAAAUUGGUCACUGAUGAGAGAUGUAGAAAUUACGGGUCUGCUACCAAAUAUGGCCGCUGGACUUAGCACGAUUCUGUUCGCUAUUGCAAUUGAUGCUCCGGAGUUGAAUGCGGCGAAUAGAAUAAAGCCCGAAAAAUUAGAACCUAUCAUAGCGACUCAACGUCCUGCUAAUCCUACUCGUAAGGUAAAUGUUAUUCAACGGGACAUAUUGGAGGACAAUGUGCUGCCACCGAUUCUGAGCGUUGCCUCUUCUCAUGGUCCCCUUCAACAUCAGCGCUCAGUCAACAUUGAUAUUAUCAAAGAAUAUACUCACGUAGAAAACGUCCCGCCAACUACCAAGGAAUCGUAUUCCGUAGAAGAUGCUUUGAACAGUCUCUCUAUUGCUCACGAAAUUAGGCAACAAUCAACACCUACCAGGAGCAGUGAGUCUCAAGCUACCAGCCCAGAUAAUGCACUGGAAGCUUCCGAAGACAGUAUUAUGGGAAAUAUCUCGCUGGAUAUUUCCAACGCUGCAACGACGGCUUCUAGUACGUCUUGCUCCGAAUUUUCCGCGAACGAAACAUUGGACACGCAAGACAUGGAAAGUUAUUCAAAAAUGUUGGAAAAACUAGAGCGAAGACUGGCUGAUUCCGAGGAACGCUGUCAAAUGCUAGAAGCUCGCGUCGCUGAGCUAAGCUUAGAAAACCACCGACUUCGCAUGCUAACCCGUCCGAACCGGUUGUCGCUGAUGCACUUCCAGAUUUCAAUCCCCAAAGCAAUUCUCCGGACACCGAUCAGCGCUCGGCGACGCGAACACUAUUGCUACGAAAUUCGGAUAGCACCGGGAUCGGAUCGGGGUGCCAACGAGUCUUGGUCCGUUUUUCGUCGGUACAGCGACUUUUAUCGGCUACACAAACGACUCCAACGGGAGUAUCCCAGUGUCAAGUCGCUUGAUUUCCCACCAAAGAAAAAAAUCGGUAACAUGAAUCCGCAGUUCGUCGAACAGCGCCGCCAACGAUUGCAAGUUUAUCUUAACAGUUUAUUCAUUGCCGUUUUGCCGGAGGUCUCAGCCUGCAGCACACGCUCCCAACUGGAACAAGUGUUUCCAUUUCUUCGGGAUGCGGUCCUGUAGGUACAGGAAUAAUUCCACAUAAAACAUACUCUCAAAUAUCAUAUACGAACGCAAACCGAGGAACUUGCCUGUGCAUCGUAAUACGUUUAUUUUAACCCCACGCUUAGAAAACAGAAGACAAAAGUUAAGUAAAUAGUGUUUCUAAUACAGGUGUAUUGGUCGGUGAGGCUCCUCUUUCGAACAGAUAAUAAUAGCGGUUCCUUAGGAGCAACAGUUUAUUGUGUUAUAUUAAUAGUAAACAUAAUUUUUUUUAUAAAAGUAGACACGAAUCGAGUAUUAAACGACAUUUAAUCGAAUUA